AUGGCCAAAUCGUUGUCCGAACAGAUUGCCGCUCUUGCCAACAAGCCAGCGGUACAAGACUACGAUAUAGAGGACAAUGAGCGUGCAGUUUUCGAGCAUCAGGAUCACAGCGGUGAGGACUCGGGGGCCGAGUCCGAGGACGAAAAACUGGCCAAAUCGCACUACGUGAACGUAGGGAAAUCGAAUUUGAGAGACCAGGGCAUUGCGCUACGGGACGAGAAAUACCAAGGGGCCAAGGGGUCCAGAAAUAAGGUCUAUGAGGAGGAAAGUGACGGAGAGCUUAGCAGCUCGGAACAGGACGAAGAAGAGCAGUCCGGUAGCGAUGUGUCAGCUGAGGAGGAAGAGGAUGUGGACCACCAAUCGGAUAGUGGCGUAUCCAUGCGUACCGACUCUGAAGACGAAGAGGAUCCAAGCGACGAAGAACAGGAAGUCAUCGCUGAGGAUAAUGAAGAUACAGAGCUCAAACGUCAAAGACUAGCGGAAAUUGUGCGACAAGAAGCCCGUUUGGCCGCCAAUAAACUUUCGGAAACCACCCAUAAAGAUGCAGUCAAAGGUUUCGCCAUUUUGGAACAGUAUCGUACUUUUGACCACAUUCUUGAUGCUCGGAUCAAGUUGCAAAAAGCUGUCAAUGCUGCCAACGAGCUCCCACUCACAAACCUGUCUUAUGAGAAGUAUUUGCAGGAAUCGUCCAAGAACGAAAAGCUCAUCUCGAAGACAAUGAAAUUGCUGGAAAAAGUUUUGGGCCAGCUUAUAGACUUUCGUGGUGAGUUUCAAGCCAAUGAGAAAAUUUCUACUAAUGAGAAUGGACAUAAGCAAACUUCUACUAGUCACAAAAGAAGCUUUGCUGAGCUAUGCGAUCAAUCGCGUAAUCUCGACGCUCAAUUAAAGGAAUACCGUAAUGCUGUUCUUCACAAGUGGUCUCAAAAAGUCGCAUCGGCUUCAGGGAAAUCCAUCAUGUCUUCGUCCAAGUUCAAAGCCAUUCACCAAACGGCCGACGUUCAAGUGGAAAACCAACUGGCCGAUACUUCAAGACUUUUAAAACGUACGAGGCUUAACAGAAGAAAUAUCGCAGCUCUUGGAUUCGAGGAAGAUCUCGAAAAUGGCAACCUUGAAGAGCUCAAACCACAGGUAGAUUCAGAACCAGAGAACUCUGCCGAUGAAGAUCUCGACAUCCCCAAGAACUACGACCCAAGAAAAAGAAAUAACAAAGUCAUGGAUACCACCGACAAUCCUUAUGUUUUCGACGAUGAGGACUUCUAUCGUGUACUGCUGAACGAUCUUGUCGACAAGAAGAUCGCAAGCGCACAAAAUGAGUCUAGUGGCGUUACUAUUGCCAUGACUUCUCGGUCUAAUAACAAAAUCAAAAAGAAUGUUGAUACUAAGGCGUCCAAGGGAAGAAAACUCAACUUCACCAUUCAAGAACCGAUUGCGAAUUACGAAGCUCCCAUAAAUAAUGGUCUUAAAUGGUCGGACGAACAAAUCGAUGAAUUUUGUGCCGGCUUGCUUGGACAGCGCAUAGACUUCAACGAAGAACACGAGUCCCAGGAAGAUACUGAAGAUCAACCAGACGUGGGUACCACAGGUAUCCAAAUUUUUGGAUAG